AGACUUAGAAGUUAGAUCUAAAGAUAAAUUUUGUCAACUCUUGUUCAAUUUGCACCAAUUAAUUCUCUCUCUCUCUCUCUCUCUCUCUCACACAUAAUCUCACACACAUAGCAACUUUUGUAAAGCCUUGUUAAGUUUGCACCAAUUCUCAUCACUCUCUCUCACACACACACACACAGAAAAGUUAGUAAACUUCUGUUCAGUUUGCACCAAUUCUCUCACUCUCUCUCUCUCACACACACACACACACUCAUAGCCAAUUUUGUGAACCCUUGUUCAGUUUGCAUCAAUUCUCUCCCUCUCUCACACACACAUCACAUAGCCAAUUUUGUGAACUCUUGUUUAGUUUGCAUCAGUUCUCUCUCUCACACACAUCCACAUAGCAAAUUUUGCAAACUCGUAUUUGCAGAAACAGAUAUUCUUGGAAAAGCAGACAAGCUUAGUCUCUGGAGUUUUGUUUUUGACAGGGAACUGUGUUUUUGAAGUUAAAGCCGAGUAGGGAAGUUAUCAGAACACAGAAUGGAUGCGAAAACUGCUGCCUCCGUCCUUCAAGCUCCAAUUCAAAGCCUCAUCGACUUUUGCAAGAAAGAGUUCUCUCAAAUCCGAGGUCUCAACAAAGAAGCAGCAAAGCUAGCUGCGAGUCUCGACACCAUCCAGAAAUUCUUGAACGACGCGGAGGCGCGAACCAUCCCUGGCGAUGCCGUCAAGAGCUGGCUGAAGAAGCUUGAAGACGUGGCGUUCGACGCGGACAACGUUUUGGAUGAGCUCAACUAUCAUCUCCUCUCCAAACAAAUUGAGCACACCGAAACGAUGAUGGAAAAGGUAUUAUCAUGCUGCUCAUCAUCCUUCAAUUCUAUUGCGCGAACAAGAAAUAUGGCACUUAAAAUCAAAGAAAUCAAUGAGAAUUUGGAGUCCAUUAACAAAGAGGCCACCGAUCUUGGCCUUGUAGGGAGGCUUGCCGAUCAGCCUGCUUUGGAUAUUGCUACUUUGGAAACUAAUUCAUACACUCAUGAUCCAAUUUUUAUUGGAAGAGAUGAUGUUGUGUCGGAAACAGUUGAUAUGCUUACAAAUAGCAUCACAACUGAUGAAAAAUCAGUUUCCAUACUUGCCAUUGUCGGGAUGGGGGGAUUGGGGAAGACGACAUUGACGAGAAAAGUCUUCAAUCGUCUAAAGAAUGGGACUCGGUUUGGAUCACAUAUUUGGGUUCAUGUUUCCUCAAAUUUUGAUGCAUUAACUCUUUUCAAAAAAAUUCUCAAAGAGUUGACUCGUGAUCAAGUCGAAGGUGAGAGUCAGCAAGAAAUUCUUUCAAAGCUUGAAAAAGCUUUGAAAGAUAAAACUUAUCUUCUUAUUCUUGAUGAUGUAUGGAAUGAAGAUCUUUCCGAAUGGGAUGAUUUUAUCAAUUCCUUGUUGGGAGUUAGUUGUGUAAAGGGAAAUGCCAUUGUUGUUACCACCAGAAAAAUGGCGGUGGCUUCAAUUGUGAAUCCACUUCAUACACAUGAGUUGAAAGGCUUAUCAAAGGAAGAUUGUUGGUCCAUAAUCAGAGCUAAAACCUUUGGAGAAGGAAACGUUCCGUCAGACUUUGAGGCUAUUGGGAAAAGCAUUGCAAGAAGAUGUCAAGGUUUGCCAUUAGCUGCCAACGUAGCUGGGGGAGUGCUGCGCAAUAAACCUGAGGAAAAAUGGCGUUCAAUCGAGGAGAAAUGGCUUUCACCCGAUGAAGGAGGAGAUAAUAUCACAAAUAUAUUGAGGCUGAGCUUCGAUAAUUUGUCUUUGCCAUCACUUAAGAAGUGCUUCGCAUACUGUGCGAUGUUUCCUAAAGGCUCCCAAAUCAUGAAACAAGAAUUGAUUGAGAUGUGGAUGGCAGAAGGUUUUCUUCAAGCUGAUGGAAGGGAUGACAUGGAGUCCGUGGGCGAAAAAUUUAUCAACGUUCUUCUGCACAACUCUUUACUGCAAGUUUCAAAUAGAGAUUAUUUCGGGAAUGUGGAAAGUUGUGGCAUGCAUGAUCUUGUGCACGAUCUUGCUUGUUCUGUUUCAAGUUCCUCUAAUAGCAGCCGAGUUCGAUACAAGACUCUCGAAGAAGACGAAUCAAGUCGUAUCCCAAAAGAAAUGGCAAAAUCUUUGCGUACAUUACUACUAACAUCGGAAGGUGAUAUUUCUGAUAUCAACUUCUCAGACUUCGAAAGUUUGCAUGUUUUACGUGUUGACUCUCAAGUUAUAAAAGAGCUGCCAAGUUCGAUUCAAAAGUUGAUACAUUUGAGAGAUUUUGACAUUUCAAAGACAGAAAUUGAAGUUUUGCCGGAUUGGAUUGGUGAAUUCUUUCACUUGCAGACGUUGAGAGUAGACUCAAGAUGGUUGAGAAUUGGGAGAAAACUGCCAAGUACGAUUAAGUACUUGAUUAACUUGAGGCAUCUUUAUAUUGACUCGAGGGUAGAGUUGCCUAUGGGAAUUGGGAGAUUAACUUCUCUCCAAACGCUAAAGUACUUUCCAGUGGGCGACCAGAAUGGCUGCAAGAUUGAAGAGCUUGGAAGUUUGAAUAAUCUUAAAGGAGAGUUAAAGAUUCGCAAUCUCGAAAGGGUUCAUGACAAGGAAGAGGCUGGGAAAGCGAAUUUAUUCAAAAAGUCAAAAAUAUUGAAGUUGGGUUUGAAAUGGGGUGAUGACAGAGAAGGUGAAAGAAAUGAUGAGGAUGUAUUGGAAAGCCUUCAACCUCACUCAGAUCUCAGGGAGUUAGAGAUUGAUGGAUUCAAUGGAAAAAGAUUUCCAUUAUGGACUCAGAAGAUGUCAGUUGGAGAUGCGCCUCAAGGCUCUUGGGUGAUACUUAACAAUUUAAUGUCGUUAACACUCAUUAACUGCAGAGAAUGUGAAGAGAUCCCAAUGUUGGGGCAGUUGCCCAAUCUCAAGUCCCUUGUGUUGUGGGGAUUGAGGAAUGUGAAGUGUAUAAAUUCAUCAUUCUACGGAAGGGUGAACAAGGACACACGCAUUGUUUUUCCAGCUCUCGAGAGGUUCGAAUUGAAAUGGAUGGCUAAGCUGGCAGAGUGGGCAGAAAUAGAAAUUUCGGAUGGAAGUGAAGUGAAGCUAUUUCCUCGCCUCCAACAUUUGUCAAUUGAUAAUUGCGGGCAAUUGAUGAGUGUUCCAAGUCAUGUGUCGUCAUCAUGCCUUGAAUGUUUGUCAAUUUUUGGAAUCGGUGUGGAAUGUCUGCCAGCUGAUUGGUUAUUGAGUAACAGCGAGACUCUCUCUUCUUUGAGAAUAACUAACUGCCCGAAUUUGAGAGAAAUAUCAGAUAGGUGGGGAGAAGAAGAAUCAGAAGGAAGAAGCUUCACAAUCACAUCCCUCCCUAUAUUCCCUCGUCUAACAUAUUUGAUGAUUCUACACGUUCCUAAGUUAAGUUUGGAGACUGUGGAUGCAAUGCGGCGCCUCCAAGUUGAUGGCUACAAAGACAUUGACCCGUGACGGUGAGCAUCAAUAUAUUUUGCUUGCUAAACAGUUGUAUGUGUAUUUUAUUUGAAAAUGAAAUUCUAAUUAUUAGAAAUUGAAGUAGCCUACUAAAAUCUAUUAUCUUAUUUUAUGGAGUU